AUGGAUGUACGACUUAGCACGCUUCUGCCUAACGUAGCCCUGGAAGAACCUAGUGUUCCGCUCGCCCUCAGCCACCCAGCGAACGGCCGCCUUCUGCUUCCAGAAGUCCUCCUCCAUAAGGAGUCAGAGUUGGUACUCGGCGUGGCAGCGGUGCAUGGCAGUUCUAUUUCCCGGAGUGGGAUCCAGGUCAUAGGCCCGCUCAGCCGUCGCAUGCGCACUCUGAGCCGCAGCAAGACGUUGAUGAAGGUUUCCAAAAACAUCCCAGUUCCACUGUCUCAACCGACGCCGCAGUCUUCCGAGCUUCGCCUCGAGAUUGCGUAUCCCGAAGAGCCCAGUCGGCUGAAGCCAGGAAUCCCUGACAGUGUCGUGGAAGGAGUGGUGGCGAACCCACCUGUUUUGGAACCUAAACGAAGAGCGGCGGCGGGUGCUCGAAAAUCGGCACCGGAUGAGAAGGGAGGUGAAGAGUGUCUGGAAGUGAGCAACAGCCGACUCCCGAAUCUGAGACUCCUGGGUCAGGAAUGA